CAAGGCGCGCGAAGCCACAUGGGGAAACGGAAGUUCAGAGAGGAUGACAGCCUUGCCCAAGAUCACCCAGGCAGCUCAGGGGGGCCAGGCCCGCUCCCCAGGCCAGGAGAAGCUGCCACCGUUCGCACCCGGGAGGAAGUGGAGGGCACUGGCUGCAGGGAGAUGAGGAAUGGGACAAGGUGGCCACGUGGACGCAGAGUGGAGGGUCCAGGCCUGGAGGAGAGGGCCUGGGGCCUGCUCCAGCCUCCACUGCCUCCUGGCCCCUCCUCAUUGCCCUCGGAGUCUUCCAGAGAGCUGGUUUACAGCGCACCGCCGGUGGGCAGAGACCCGUGCUUCUGUGGGCAGUGGAGCAGGCUGGACUGAACAAGCCCCAGUUCUCAGGACUGUCCUCCCUUCCCCACACCUGCAUCGGGAGGCAGACUCUCUCCUUGGAACAGCUUCUAUCUGGGACGUGCAACGAGCCCUCCUGGCCAUGGGAGGGGCUGUGGUUGACGAGGGCCCGACUGGCAUCAAGGCUCCGGAUGGGGGCUGGGGCUGGGCCGUCCUCUUGGGCUGUUUUGUCAUCACGGGCUUCUCGUACGCCUUCCCCAAGGCGGUCAGUGUCUUCUUCAAGGAGCUCAUACGUGAGUUUGGGAUCGGCUACAGUGACACAGCCUGGAUCUCCUCCAUCCUGCUGGCCAUGUUGUACGGGACAGGCCCGCUCUGCAGCGUGUGUGUGAAUCGCUUUGGCUGCCGGCCCGUCAUGCUUGCAGGAGGCCUGCUGGCGUCCCUGGGCAUGGUGUCUGCGUCCUUCUGCGGAAGCAUCAUCCAGCUCUACCUCACCACGGGGGUCAUUACCGGCUUGGGUUUGGCGCUCAACUUCCAGCCCUCCCUCAUCAUGCUCAACCGCUACUUUAACAAGCGGCGCCCCAUGGCCAAUGGGCUUGCAGCCGCGGGCAGCCCCGUGUUCCUGUGCGCCCUGUCCCCCCUGGGGCAGCUGCUGCAGGACCACUACGGCUGGCGGGGUGGCUUCCUCAUCCUGGGUGGCCUGCUGCUCAACUGCUGUGUGUGCGCUGCGCUCAUGAGACCCCUGGAGGCGCCCAAGCCAGGUUCGAGGCCAGGGCCCCAGCGGCCAUCCAGGCGGCUGCUGGACCUGAGUGUCUUCAGGGACCGUGGCUUUGUGAUCUACGCUGUGGCCGCCUCCAUCAUGGUGCUGGGGCUCUUUGUGCCACCUGUGUUCGUGGUGAGCUAUGCCAAGGACCUGGGUGUGCCCGAUACCCAGGCUGCCUUCCUGCUCACCAUCCUGGGCUUCAUCGACAUCUUCGCCCGGCCCACCGCUGGCUUCAUCACGGGGCUCAAGAAGGUGCGGCCCUACUCUGUCUACCUCUUCAGCUUUGCCAUGUUCUUCAACGGCUUCACCGACCUCACGGGAUCCACAGCCAGUGACUACGGUGGCCUGGUGGUCUUCUGCAUCUUCUUCGGCAUCUCCUACGGCAUGGUGGGGGCCCUGCAGUUUGAAGUGCUCAUGGCCAUCGUGGGCACCCACAAAUUCUCCAGUGCCAUUGGUCUUGUGCUCCUGCUGGAGGCUGUGGCCGUGCUCAUUGGGCCCCCGUCGGGAGGCAAGCUCCUGGAUGCAACGCACGUCUACCAGUACGUGUUCCUCCUGGCAGGGGCCGAGGUGGUGACCUCCUCCUUCGUGCUGGUGUUGGGCAACUUCUUCUGCAUCGGUAGGAGGCCCAAGGCGGCUGCGGAGGAGGAGGAACACCACAAGCCCCCCCCAGACGCAGACGUAAGAGUGGACUCACGGGAGGUGGAACACUUCCUGAAGGCAGAGCCUGAGAAAAAUGGGGAGGUCGUUCACACCCCGGAAACAAGCGUUUGAGCCGAGGAGGCCAGCAGGGGUGCAGGGAACUGGACGGAGACUGUCAACGCUCAUAUUUAUUUCACAAACAGGACUAGCUUGGGCAGGGCUGUCGGUGGGGCGCUGGCUGCCUGGGCAGCUGACCAUCACCUGAUCAAUGUUUUUCGGGGGAGGUGGCAGGGUGGGAACUGUGUCAUUCCAAAGCAGAUCUGUGAUGAAGCCAAGCCAUGAGGUUACAAACCGUCUGUACCAGGAACCCAGCCCGCUGACCCCAGAGCAGCCCAGGGCCCACCUGGACUCAAGGACCUAGAAACCCCCACUUCAGAGACAACAUGACUUUAAUCAGGGGCAGGGCUGGGACAGCUGGCGGGGUGGGCACUGCCAAGUCGGCCCUCCCCGCGCCCGUCCAGCCCUGCUCUCCCAUGUGAUGCCCCAGCCGACCCCUCUCUGAGCCUCUAGGGGACACGGCCUCCCUCUCUUCAGUUCUGGAAGGUCUGAAAUAAACCUGCGUGUGGGAGGAGACUCUCGGAAGGAA